AUGGCAACUACGAUUGACCAAAACAUCGAACAAUAUCCAAGCAUUGAAAACAACUACAUCGGUCGUAAUGAUGAAUAUCACACACUUGAUCCGGGAUCACUGAAGACAAGCCAUGAUCGAAACGUACAGCAUCAACGAAAUGAAUCAUCAUAUUCGCGAAACUUCUCCAUAUUAGACACAUAUGCACAAGAGAGUCCUUCUAGACGAAAUAGUUAUGUCGAUGUUGGGAUUGCCUCACCUUUAGAGGAUAUCAAUUCUGACGCUUCGAUCGUCAAGAGUUUUGAAGGCUCGACUCCAAACAAUAGCUCAAAUACCUUUGAACAAAAUGGGUUUGUAUCGAUCGAUAGUUCCUCAGCAACGGCAUUAGACAGUGAAUUAGACAGAGAUAGCUACAUCAAACCAACGACAGAAGAAUCAGAUGCUGAGGUUUUGAAGUCAAAUUUCGAUCGAUAUGGUUUCAAAAAGAGUUCAUUACAAGGACGCUCCAUUGAGGACUAUAACUUGUGGUUUGAACAUUACUCUGGAUAUACUAUAAGACGCAAAAAAAAGUGGGAAAGAACAAUGAAAGAUCAUGGGUUGAAUUUAGUGUCGGAAAGCAGCUCAUCUACUACAGCACGUAGUCAAGAAGAGAUCCCAACUCGGUUUCCGCCAAAGUCCGAUAAGAUAAAAAAGAUGGUGAGACGUGGUAUCCCUUCCGAAUGGCGAGGUAACGCUUGGUUUUUCUACGCGGGAGGAUACGACAAGCUACGGAAACACAAAGGACUUUAUAAUAAGAUCGUGGUGGAAACAAAAGAUAUACAAAACAAGGAAACCGAAGUGAUCGAAAGAGAUUUAUUUCGAACAUUUCCUGACAACAUUUACUUUAACUCUUCUGUAAACCAGAAUACCCACGAAACACGUGAUGCUAGCUAUGUCCGAGAAGAAACUGCACUAAUAAAAUCAUUGAGAAGGGUAUUAACUGCGUUUGCUCAUUAUCAACCACAAAUAGGAUAUUGUCAAUCAUUAAACUUUUUAGCGGGCCUACUCCUACUAUUUAUGAAUGAGGAACGCUCGUUCUGGAUGUUGGUUAUCCUAACUGAAAGAAUUAUCCCCAACGUUCAUCUGGCGGAUUUGGAAGGUGUACACACUGAUCAGGGUGUUUUGAUGCUUUGUGUAAAGGAAUAUUUGCCAGAAUUGUGGGACACUUUGGGUACAAAUUUUGAAGGAGAAAGAUUGAAGGAGGAUAAUAUCUUGGCUAGGCUACCCCCAGUAACUUUAGUUACCUCAUCUUGGUUUAUGUCUCUUUUUGUUGGUGUCUUGCCUGUUGAAACGGCAUUACGGGUGUGGGACAUUUUAUGGUAUGAGGGUUCCAAAACAAUCUUUCGGAUUUCGUUAACGAUUUUCAAAUUGUGUAUUGAUUCACCCGGAUUUCAAAAUAGACAAGCCUCAGGAACUGAAGAGAACCAACAGAUUGAAUUGUUUCAAUUUAUGCAAAGCUUUCCUAAACAGAUACUAGAUCCUAAUUUGCUUAUAGACUAUUGUUUCAAAAAAAUUGGCGGUUAUGGAUUCGGCUCAUUAUCUCAAGGUGAGAUUGAUAAAUGUCGUGAUUUCGUUGCAAGGCAGAGACAAAAGAUGCAUUUGAACUCCAAACGUAAAGAUUUAACUGAAAUGACAGAAGAAGAAAAACAGAGCUUAUUGAAUUCAACAAGUAGUGCUGACAAGGAAAACAUUCAUGAUGUUUAUGGGUUUCAUAGAUCCAUUAUGAGUGGUAUUGUAUGGAACAAAAGUAUUAGCAACAAAAUGAGGAGAAGGCUUACUGGGAAAAAAGGAUAA